CUGGAUCCGCCACUGGUCAUUAACGGUUAUCAGAUUUCUAAAUUGGUGAUUAGAUAUUUUCAGCAGCUUUAUGUCUACUCCACAAAUUCUUCACAUUAUCAGUUUACCUGUAUCUCCCUUCCUUCUGCUUAAACCCUCUCAAAACCCCCCAUUUUCAAUCACCAUUUUCUUUCUCCUUCAAAAAUGCCAAAACCCAUCUUCAGUUUCAGCUAUCUUUGCUAAACUUCCACCUUUUUCACCCAAAACCUUCAAUUUCUUAGAACUAAUGGCUGCCACAAAACUCUUCUUCCUCCCAAUUUCAGAUAACUGUUUCAAAUUGAGCUCAUACCCUCAAUUAUCCACCAUCUCUAUCAACUUCAAAUGCCCGUGUCGCCGCCAUUGUCGUAAACCCCAAUUAUUAAUCUGCAAUGCUGUUUACACUGAAGGGGGUUCCCGGACCAAAUCAUCCUUUGGAAAGGAGAAGGUUUCUGACUCAGAAUUCGACCCGAUUUCGGCCUUAAACGAGAGAAUAAGGAGGGAUCAUGGAACCCGAGACUCUACGAAACCAGCUUUGGAUUCUAAGGAGGCUGAGAAGUAUAUACAGCUUGUGAAGCAGCAGCAGCAAAGAGGGUUGGAGAAAUUGAAAGGGAAAAAUAAGGAAGAGAAAGGAGGAGGAAAAGAAAGUGGUGGGAUUAGUUAUAAAGUUGAUCCUUAUACUCUAAAAUCUGGGGAUUAUGUAGUUCAUAAGAAAGUGGGUAUUGGAAGAUUUGUUGGGAUCAAAUAUGAUAUGCCAAAAGAUGGUUCUGAACCUAUUGAGUAUGUGUUUAUUGAGUUUGGAGAUGGUAUGGCUAAGCUUCCUGUUAAGCAGGCGUCGCGUAUGCUCUACCGAUAUAAUCUUCCAAAUGAACCAAAAAAGCCACGAACACUCAGUAAACUAAAUGACACAAGUGCAUGGGAAAAGAGGAGGACCAAAGGAAAGGUUGCAGUACAGAAAAUGGUAGUUGACUUGAUGGAAUUGUAUUUACAUAGGCUUAAACAGAAAAGACCUCCGUAUCCAAAAUGUCCAUCAAUGGAUGAGUUUACUUCUCAGUUUCUUCAUGAGCCCACACCAGAUCAAAAACAGGCUUUUAUUGAUGUAGAGAAGGAUUUGACAGACAGAGAAACUCCAAUGGACAGAUUGAUAUGUGGAGAUGUUGGAUUUGGCAAGACUGAAGUUGCAUUGCGUGCAGUCUUUUGUGUUGUUUCAGCAGGAAAGCAGGCAAUGGUUCUAGCACCAACUAUUGUGUUAGCCAAGCAGCAUUUUGAUGUGAUUUCUGAGCGAUUUUCCAUGUAUCCCAAUAUCAAGGUUGGACUUCUGAGCAGGUUUCAGACCAGAGGAGAAAAGGAGGAAUACUUGCGUCAGAUAAAAAAGGGUGAACUGGACAUUAUUGUGGGAACUCAUUCACUUCUUGGAAAUCGCGUUGUUUAUAAUAAUCUGGGCCUUCUUGUAGUUGAUGAGGAGCAGAGGUUUGGAGUCAAGCAGAAGGAGAAGAUUGCUUCCUUCAAAACCUCAGUUGAUGUUCUCACACUGUCAGCGACACCAAUACCACGAACACUCUAUCUAGCUUUGACAGGGUUUCGUGAUGCAAGUUUAAUCUCAACACCUCCUCCAGAGAGAGUCCCGAUCAAGACACAGCUCUCAGCUUUCAGUAAAGAGAAUGUAGUAUCAGCAAUUAAAUAUGAGCUGGAUAGAGACGGCCAAGUCUUCUAUGUUCUUCCUCGUAUAAAAGGACUUGAGGAAGUCAUGGGUUUUCUUGAACAGUCCUUUCCAGAUGUUGAAAUAGCCAUUGCUCAUGGAAAGCAAUACUCGAAACAGCUUGAAGAAACAAUGGAAAGCUUCGCCAUUGGAAAAACUAAAAUUCUUAUAUGUACAAAUAUAGUGGAAAGUGGAUUAGAUAUCCAAAAUGCAAACACUAUAAUUAUUCAGGAUGUUCAGCAAUUUGGACUUGCACAGCUAUAUCAGCUGCGAGGAAGGGUUGGGAGAUCAGAUAAGGAAGCUUACGCAUACCUAUUUUACCCAGAUAAAUCUCUGCUGUCUGAUCAAGCACUGGAGAGACUUUCAGCCCUUGAAGAGUGUCGUGAACUUGGUCAAGGCUUUCAGCUUGCUGAAAGGGACAUGGGAAUUAGAGGUUUUGGUAAUAUAUUUGGUGAGCAGCAAACAGGUGAUGUAGGAAAUGUGGGCAUCGAUCUCUUUUUUGAGAUGCUUUUUGAGAGCUUGUCCAAGGUUGAAGAACACCGGAUUAGAUCUAUUCCUUAUCAAGAUGUUCAGCUUGAUAUAAAUGUCAAUCCUCAUCUCUCUUCUGAGUACAUAAAUUAUCUAGAGAAUCCCAUGGAAUUAAUAAAUGAUGCUGAGAAGGCAGCAGAGAAGGACAUCUUGAGUUUAGUUAAAUUUACAGAGGAUUUGCGGCGACAGUAUGGAAAAGAGCCUAACUCAAUGGAAAUUCUAUUAAAGAAACUCUAUGUGAAAAGAAUGGCAGCAGACCUUGGGAUUAACCGAAUUUGUGUCAUUGGAAGGAUAGUUGGCAUGGAAACAAACAUGACUAAAGAUGUAUUCAGGAUGAUCAAGGACUCCAUGGCUUCUGAUGUUUUGCGUAGUUCACUUGUGUAUGAUAAUGGACAAAUUAAGACUGAACUACUUCUGGAGCUACCAAGGGAGCAACUUCUCAAUUGGAUCUUUCAGUGCUUAGGAGAACUGCAUGCUUCUUUGCCAGCCCUUAUCAAAUACUAGUGCUUUUGCAUAUGUGAUAUUAUUUCAUAGUUGGGAUUUUUGAUCACCUUAAAGGGAGAGAAGUACAACUUUACAAGGAACCUUGUUCACCGUGGCUUCAAUUUUCUUAACCCUCCUGUGUUCGAGAAGCUGGUGAUUAUAUUGAUCAAAGAAACAUUUUAAGAAAAACAACCUUACACAGACAGUCUGUAUAUAGCAAGUUAUACUUGGCAGGAAAACCUAACCAGGAUGCAGGAAUCCAGUGGGUAAAAGGUGCAUCAGGGUUGUCUCUUUUUCAUCCCAUUUUCUUCCGAUUUUCAGCUGGUAAAAUCCCUGGAGUCUAAGAAGUAGGUUGGUGUUGCGAUAUUGCAAAUGAAUGGUCAUAAGAUCUUGCGAAUUGCAAAUCAAAGAAGGUGAUCUUCACUUGGUCCAAUUAAGCAAGAUUAUAUCUCAAGCAGAAAUAGAAGCAUUUUGAAAUAGAUAAUAACCUCUAUUUGGCUGUAAGUAGAUGGCCAAUUAUUUGUUUCAGGUGUUAGCGGCUAUCUGAUUUUUUAUGCUGAUUUGUAUAGAUGUUUGGUAGUCAUGAAUAGCACUUAGCUGCUUGAUUGUAUAAAUGACAACUUAAUGAUAUGAUUGUUGUCGAGUGCCUUUAUCAAUUAAACUGGUGUAUUUUGGAUAAACUUACCUAUUCACCCUCCCAUGUGAAAAAGACCCAUACUUAAACCUCCCUUUCAACGAGCUAAUAAGGGUGUUUCAUGAAAGAGAUCUUACAAA